CAUUAACUACUCAAUUCUCGUCUAAUUUUCUUUCAGAUUGGAUUGUUACAACGAAAAAGUUAAAGUAAAUUAUUUUUAUAAAAACAAAACGUGUUAAAAGACGAUUUUUAUUGGAUAAAAAAUAUUUGAAAGUAAAUUAAACACGGAGUUAUAUUGUUUGAUCCAGUCUUCAUUUAAAACUACAUAAUUUUAAUUAGAGUUUGAUAAAUUGAGUUGAAUCAAGCAAGACUAUUUACAUUUGAAGGGGAUAAUAUAUUGUUUUAAUAAUUAGUUUAUAUCACGAAUAACAACUUCGGAGUACAAAAAAACAUCAUCCUUAAUACGAACACAAUUUAAACAUAAUUAGGAGGAAAAAUAUUCUUCGAAUUGGAAUUACAAAUGUGAAGUUUUUCUUUUAUUAUUUUUUUGGAUUAAAUAUGACGACUGAAAAGCACGCCUCAGUUAAACAACACCCACCACGGGCAAGCUGAAACGACCCAAGAAGUCCCGACGGACCCACCGUUUUCUCUAACGAAAAGGAAUUAACGGAUAGAAAACAGAACAUACCAGAAGACUAAUAUGGGGAUUACGGAUUAUACCCAGCAUAUGUUUUUGGUGGUGUUUGCUGGAAUGAUGAGCAUUCAAAUUGUGAAAUGUGCUGUGAUGAAUAUCGACUCUACAACUUCAAAAGAAAUCAUGGAUUCAUCAGUAUUUAAACAACAUGUAAAGUCUGUUGAGAAUAUAUACAAAUUCGACCAACAUAACUCAGACCACCAGGGAAUCCAACACAAAGCGGAUGUUCAGGUCACCGGGGACCCUUUAAAAGACAAUGACGUUGAAGUGAACAUUCGGACUAAUAUACACAACUAUAACAUUAACCUUCAAAGAAUAAAUUCUUCUAUUCUCCACGAAGAUUUUAAAGUGCUACAUAUAUACACGGAUAACAGUGAGAAAACAGUCUUACACGAAGACAGCCAACAACACAAAAUGCAUGAAUUAUCCAGGAAGUUACAUUUCUUCCACGACCCACAUUCAGCAUCUCUUGUCAGCUUCCGACAAAAUGACAACCAUAACGGCAGUAACCUUAAACACUUCGUGGAAGGAAUAGUGCACGAGGAAAUGAUAAUAGCGCCCCCUGUUGCCCACAAGCGCCACAAGCGUUCACUGGACCCUGAUGCACACACUCUCUGGAAGAAAGCGCCUGAGACACAUGAUUUCAUUGGCGAUGAACUUUUUGUGCCUCCAAAUAUCGACAAAUUAAAAUUUCCCACGGAAAAAUUUCCCGCGGACAAAGUUCCCACGGACAAAGCUCCCGCGGACAAAGUUUCCGCGGACAAAGUUCCCAGCGCGCCUGACGUCCCAUAUACACACGCGGGACGUCGACGCAAACGUCAAACACCCGCUGGCUCUACUAAGAUAGAGCCUGAACUGUUGUUGUUCUGUGAUAACGCCAUGGUUCGCCAGUUUGAAGGGGACACAGAUGAAUUGCUGGAGUAUCUUUUACAUUUCUGGCAUGCUGUGAACUGGAAGUUCCUAACGAUAUCGCUACAGCGGCAGUGGCCACAAAUUGAUCUGAAAAUCCGAGAAAUCGGCGUGUUCCGCGACGCCACGGCCCAGCCGUUCAUUGAGGAAAACCGAAUACGGCAAGGGAGCCGUCUUUUCUCUCUGUACGACGCCAUGGACUCCCUCCAACGCUGGCUUGUCAAGUACGAGACGGUACUUCCGCUCCACGAUGUUGCCUUCCUGCAAACAGGGAACGACGCGUGUCGUAUGACGUCGCAUACAAGGCGGUUCAAAGACAGUCGGUUUACGAGCGACGAGGACGAAGAGGAAGUGGAUGGAUGCGUCGCCGGUACUGCAGGUGUGGCGUACGUGCGAGGGGCGUGUCUAUCAGCGCCAUACUUCCGGAAACUGGCGUACAACUUUGGGAUAGGAGAGGCUUCCACAAGCUUCAACGGCGUUAUCAUCGCCGCCCACGAAGUGGGACAUCUCUUAGGGGCUUAUCAUGAUGGCGAGGCAGAGGCCAGUCCAUGCGCCAGUAACUCCGGCUUCAUCAUGAGCUACUCCCGCGAAGACGCCUACAAAUUCUCACGAUUCUCUCCUUGUUCAAUAUCCAGCUUCCAAAACUUCCUCAAUAUGGACCGGUCCGGUUGUUUGAAGCAGAGAGCGAGCACAGAAAUCAUGCAGUUUCCUACGUCAUUUCCGGGAACGUACAUGUCAAUUACCGAGCAGUGCCGAAGAUUUACGGGCGGACCGCCUUGUGAGGUUGGGCCCAAGCAGUGCGAGCAUCUAUGUUGUGAUGACGCCAAGGGACAAUGGCGCUACACCCGCUCAGAGCCCGCCGUGGACGGAACCUCGUGCGGCAAGAGAAACGUAUGUUUGAAUGGCCAAUGUAUAUCAAUGUCUUCGUUUGGAUAAUAUAAGUUGAAUUGAUAGAAAACAGACUAACAGUAGACACAACAAAGGAUUCUAUGACUGCGUGCUGUUUUGCCGUCAACAUUUAGAAUUUUACAGUGAAAUUGGCACGUUGAAGUUACGAUCCAGCUUGACAACAGCUGCAUAGUAACGUUGAUGACGUCAGCAGUGAACGUGUGUAUUUAUUGACAGAUUAAGUGUUUGUUGACUUAUGAAUGAAUUUCAUAAGAUCAAAUUCUUUUUUUUUUAAAUUUUGAUUUCUAUUCAUAACUAUUUGGCAUUUUGUUGGCGUUUUAAAUGUGUACAGCAUGCAUAGGAAUACACAGAGUUUAUUUUGUUUGCAAAGACUGCAUUAGACCUAGUGAAUGUUUCUGGCAUAUGCACGUUUUACGAUGUCCUUUCAGGAAAUUGAAGUGUUUGUUAUUUCGUUUAUUUAUAUAUUGCUACGUGUAUUUGUUGCAUUGUUCAUUCCUUUUGUUUCGACAGCAAACUCAGUGUUGUUGGUACACUUUUAUAACCAAUAACAUAAAACAUUGAUAUGAACCUUUUGCUUGGCUAUGGAUACUUUUUGGAUAUUAUAUGACUUUUGGAACACAAAAAUCAAACACGUGUUAUUAAUUAAAACUGUAUUCAUAUACAAAACACCCAAGUAAAUUGUCUAAAUGUAGGAAAUAUAAUGAAAUUUUUCUAAUCCUAUAACAUUACAUCCAACAUGUGUAUGUAUUUUGUAUGUAUUUUGUCUCAUUUAUUAUCGAGUAUUCUCUCAUGAAUCUAUGAAUCACAUAACAUCAUGUUUUUUUCACAGAACAAAAACAUUCUACGCACUUAGCGUAACGCUUAUAAGAGGUUGUUGUAUUUAAUGUAAGAUUGUUAUUUCUCUUGAGGGAUAUGUAAUCACUAUAUGAAUAAUGCACCAGUCAAUUGUAACCACGCCCCAACACUGAAAAUAGCGGGGAAUGGGCCUUACCUAGGGUCCCUUUGGUACGGGGGCAUUUGGCGGGGAUUUUACCAGCAGUUCGUUCCCACAGGGCGGGAAUUUUACCAGGGCUUGGCUGGACCUUAAGUAAAAGUCGCGGCCAUUCACCGGACCUGGGGAGGGGAGGGGGCGUGAUUACAAUUGACUGGUGCAUAACAUUGUAAAAACACUCCUAGUUACAUUCCUAUGAUGAAUUGAUUUACCAAUUUGACUUACAUCUAUGCACAUUUUCAUACAUGUGUGAGUAUUUCAUUAUUUAAUGAUUAUGUUAAAGAAACAGAGUAUGAAGUUUCAUCAUUCAUUCAAUAAUCAAACAACGUGCUGUAUGUUUUAGGAGGACUAUAUUUGUCUGAUUCAUGUUCUUUUAUCUGCAUGGAUAAAUUGGCAUUUUUAUUUAAUUGGCAUGUUUGUUUUGUUCAUUAUUUAUUUUGUUCAAUAAAAAUGAAAGUGAAA